ACUACAAAAAUAAAGACCAUUAGUCCUGUUUAUGUUUCACUGACAUUGUUGCAUGACAGCAAAACUCAGGCUUCCACUGCAUUUCUUUACUACUGGUACAUGUUUUCUUUGCAGAUCAAUGACCUUGAAGUCCUCAACUGUGAAUAUGGCAAGAAUUCAAUUAAGUUCCUUCGCCUCCAUAAAGAGGGAAAGAAACAUUUUGUUAAAGAAGUGGAAGUGUGUACGCAUCUGCGGCUGACUUCUCCUCAGGAGUACCUGGAAGGAAAAAAUUCUCUUGUGAUACCUACAGACACCAUAAAGAAUAUUGUCCUUGUGUUGGCCAAAAAAAAUGGGAUCUCAAGUUUAGAACAAUUUGCUAUAGAUAUCUGCAACCACUUCAUGACAACAUUUUGCCAAGUGGCGUACGUCAAAACCUACAUUCAAGAAGUACCAUGGCAACGCCUGCAUGAGGAUGGCGUUCCCCACAUCCACUCAUUCAUAUGUGUUCCUGAUGGGAUCCGCUUUUGCGAAGCUGAGCAGUGCCGGAAUGGUCCUCUGAUUGUUUUUGCUGGAAUUAAGGACCUGAAACUUAUGAAGACAACACAGUCUGGAUUUGAAGGCUUCUAUAAGAACGAACACACCACACUUCCUGAAAGGCAUGACAGGAUUCUAUGUGGAGAGCUCUUCUGCAAAUGGUCGUACGGCGAAUGCAAGGAUUUUGACUUUGACUGCAUAUGGAAGAAAAUCCGUGAAUGUAUCCUUGAAGCCUUUGCUGGACCACCUGACUGUGGGGAAUAUUCACCUUCUUACCAGAAAACUAUCAACUGUAUCCAGAUGCUUGUCCUUUCCAGAGUGUCACAGGUACAGGUCAUAGAAGUCGUCUUGAACAACACCUUUUUUAAUGUUGUAGACAUGAAGAAUCUAGGCUUGACCAAUGACAAAGAAGUUUUGGUUCCAGUGGAAGCUCCUUAUGGCUCCUGUGCUUGCACACUUGGCCGAAAGAAGUUUUUUGAAGCACAAGGCCACAUGAUGAGAGAUGAGAGGAAAUGUCAGUUUGGACUGGCAGCUGCACAGGGAAACUAAACCUCUUGGCUCUACUCAACCUUCCUGAUAAACUUAAUAGCAUGGCUUUCCUAUCAAUGUUUACUCCUUAUUGGCCUCUUCCAUUGCUGACUACUUUUCCCUCUAGAACUCCUGAACAUGGGAUUUAUGAAGGACCCUCAGGAAAUCAGAAACCAAAGUCUGUCCCUGAAUUUCAGUGCUAUUUGCAGACUGAAGUGCCCUAAGCUUUUUGGAAAAUCCCAGCUGGAAACAUUAGAGUAAAUUAAUUUUUAAAGUAGCUAUUCCCAGACCUUUUAAUGAAACUCUUCAUUUGAUGUCUGUAAUAUGUUUUUGACAUGUAAAAUCAGGAAAUCUCUAUAUUUUCUUUAUUUAUAUUUCUUCAGUAGGAUGAAUAUACAGACAUAAGAGCUCUGAUUACAUUGACAUAACCUGUCAUGACCCUUUGAUGCCACACUGAUCUACAGAGCUGAGGUUCUGACCCAGUGACUGAACAGGGAAUCAGUCAGAAACAAGAUUUCUUUAAGCAGAAAAUGAGAAACAGAAAGGAGAAAAAACACCAAACAUCUCUCAUAUCUCCUUUGUGGUGUGAAUAGAUAUAGCUGUUAUAGACUACUUUCUCUGCAUGUAUUCUGACUGCAUGACUGCUGCUGCUACUCAUCAGACUAUAGUUACUAUAGUACUUUUACAUUAAUCACUGAAGUGAUUUGAGGGUUUGGGCUAUGUGUCGGCUUAAUUAAAUAGUUUUCUUUAGUCUAAUAACUUAUCAUGACUUCUGGGCAGGCAGGAGUCAACCUACGUAGUCCUAUUACAUUUGGGAGGGGUAGGGAGACUAGACAGACAGAUAAUGCAUAUUUUACUUUAGUCACCCCAGGUGAUAGCUUUGAACACGGAGAUAAAACAAUAGUCAAUGAUUCUCAUCUCACUAACUGUGGCUACCACAAGUGCAACAUGUGCAACCCUGCUCAGCUUCCAACAGCUUCUAACCCUUUCUCUCGUUUACUCUGUCAUUUUCACAGACUACAUAUGACAGAGUACAAAUCAAAUGGCAAGUGCCCAAAGUAACCUCUAAACACUGCAGCUAAGUUGCCUUUGUGCCUCCUGAAUUUGGCAGACAAGCAGCACUACUCUGGGUACAAUUAUUAAAUUCAUAGGCACCAAAAAUGGGGGAGAUGUCCUGCUUUGUGUGACAUUUUGAUGUGCUUUGCAAAUAGAAACUCGCCUUGAUGAGCAGGGCACAACAGAUGCAAGAGAAGAACACUCAACCAGCCUGAGCUAUCCCCUGAGCAACAGGAAAAAUGACACCAUGGAGUGAGGCUGUCCCAGCUAUGAUGGUCUCUGGUCACCAGCCAGUUCUGAAAGCUUUAUUUACAACACUUCUAGCUUUUCCUGGGGACAUUCUUGCUUACCUUCUUAGAUUGUGUUGUAUUGUACUUGUGGGCUUAUGUCUUGCUACUUCUGUCACUUCUAGGUGCUUUUAAUUUAUUAAUAUAUCUUUUAAAGGCAAAUAAAGAGCAACAUCAAAAAACAAA